ACGGGCGGGUUACCCAUCCAAGUAUUGUCCAGGCUCAACCCUGCUUUAGCAUCCGAGAUUGGGCACAUCCCGGGUGCGUUGGUCAUAGGCGACAGCUGAUUUGCUGGGAGCCACGCGUGACCAUGAGCAUUGCGUCUCCGCAGUUGGAUGACCUGAAUCGUUCUGCCUCUCAAGUCGGAAAGCCACCAGAAACAGAACCUGUUCCCUGACGUGCACCCGUCCCUGCUGCUCUUCCUGCACCGGCUGCGGGUCAUCACCAUAGUCAACAAGGUCGAUGGCAGCGUGCAAUUCAUGCAGCAGAGGGAGCUCGGGGACGGCGUGGUGGAGAUCGAGCACUCGACGAGUUGCGGCAGAUGGCUGCUCAUCAAAUAAACGCUCAACGCCGCCAAGAUGAAGGAGAACGUGGAAGCCACGGAGCUGGCGUUGGCGUUCCCUCUGGAGCAGGCGGAACCGGGCGAGCGCUCGGGGGGAUUGCCUUCACUCCUGGACAAGCAGCCCGUGUUCGCCUUCCUGCCGCUCCGCAGCUACGGUUUCCGCUUCAUCAUUCAGGGUGAUUUUGAAGUGUCGUCGUCACGCGAGGACGUGGACCGAGACAGCGCGUGGAACCAGUGGCUGCGCUCCGAGAUCCCGGGGCUCUUCCUGCUGGCCCUGCACACGUUUACCCACCACUCAAGCCUGGACAUACUGGAGGGCCUGUCUCAGCUGCUGCGCUUUGUGCCGCUUCCCGACGAGAUCCUCGAUUUCUUCCGUCCCGUUGUGAAGCAGAUCAUCCAGCAGCUCAAGGCUACUCCCUGCCUGCCCAUCCAGGGGCCGUCUGGCGAGCCGCUGGAGUUCCGCCCACCGUCGGAGACGACGGUGGCACGGGACGAGCUGGUGCGCGAGGUCGUGUCACCCGCGCUGCUGGCGCAGCACCUGGGCCUGGCGUACCUUCACCCGGCGGUGGCGCGCGGCGCCCUGAGCCCCGCGCUCGCGCGCGAGUUGGGCGUGCACGCGCUCAGCGCGGACGACGUGCUCGCCGUGGCGCGCGCCAUCCUGCGGGAAGCGGACGCUGCCAGGAAGGCCCUCCCGCUGGACGAGGUGGCGCGCCUGCUGGUCUGCGUAUACCGCUGCCUGGAGCAGCAAGCGGACGGCGAGGAGGAGACCCACGCUGCACUGCGCUCCCUUCCCAUCAUCCCCCUGGCCGAUGGGCGCAUGGUGGCGUUGGCCGACCAGGAGGUGUUCUUCCCUCCUGGGUGGCAGGAGGGUGCAGCUGCCAACCAUAACAAAGUCCAGAUGCACGGCGUAGAGCUGCUGAAGGUGGACCUGUGCGUGCUGCACCCAGACCUACUGUGCUGCGUCGACGCGCUGUGCUCCUCGCAGCUCGUGCGUCUUCUCGAGCGACUGCACGUGCGGCGUGUCACGCCCGCCCAGGUCAUCGCUCGCCAUGUCAAGCCAAUCCUGGAAAGCGGUGCCUGGAAGGACAGGCCAAAUGAUGUAGUGAUCAGCUACCUGGCGUACGUGAAGGCGCAGUGCGAGCACGACGCGUCCGUCUGCAACCUGUCCGAGCUGCGUGCGACGCUGCCGGUGCUCACCUCGACCGGCGCCUUUGUGCUGCCGGUGGACACCAGCGUGUACUUCUCCACGCUCUAUGGGAACAAAUGGGACCUGCCCACCAACUUGCCAGGUGCCGACUGGCUGCUGGUGCACCCCGUGUACAUACAGGGACAGUCGGACGUGAACAGCUGGAGAGACUUCCUGGGAAGGCUGGGUGUGUGCGACCUUCCGAUCGUGCGCAAGGAGCGGAGGUCGUAUAGCCAGCAGGAUCUGGACGCGUCACCGUGGGCCGGCGUGACGGCGACGCUGCCCCCCGUGGCGGACGGACGCUACACCGUGGAGGACUGGGUCUGUGCCGAGCUGCACGCGCUGCUCACCGUCUCCCAGCUCGGAGACGCGCGCACCGACACGCAGCGCCGGCUGCUCCUCUGCCUGCUCGAUGGCGAGUGGGACAAGGGCUCGCGCUACUCGCAGUACAAGACGGCACGCGUGCUCGACUCGGUCGGGCGGCCACUCAAGGAGGUGGACUCGUCCUUCCUCAUCUACCUGACGACGCUGCCGUGGCUGCCGGCUGAGGCGGCCGGGCCGUCCAGCUCCACGUCGCCCCCGUUCGGCCGGGCCCGCGACCUCUACCUGCGCGCCAACAACCUGCGGCGUCUGCUCGGGCGCCACGCCGCGUACGUCGCCGUGGAGAUGUCGGCGAACAGCACGCUGGCCGGCGACCUCGGCGUCCGCAUGUUGCUGAAUGCGCAGGAGUUGGUGAAGCACCUGAAGCGCUGGUGCAGUGGGGGUGCGGUUGAGGAGGAGGGGGUCUCCACGGAGAGCGGAGUGCCCUUCUGCACCUCGCCGGAGCACAUCCACGCCGUGUACGAGUACCUGCAGGCGGAGUGCUCCAACCAGCAGCUGCAGGACUUGUUCCGGCACUACCCCGCCGUGUUUGUGCCCGACGCGACUCGGAGGCAGCAUUCAGACUCUGGGGAGAGCAGGGGGGGCAACGUCGGGGACAGCGCCGUGCAGGGCUGCUUCCGCUACCUGCACGAGGUGUGCUGGGCCGACCCCACCCGGCUGUUUCUGCGCUACGCGUCACUGCAGCACGAGGCGCCGCCGCAGCUCCAGCUCUUUUACGGCCGCUCGACCAACAUGGCCGAUUUGUUCCAGCAGACCCUGAAGGUGUCUGCGACGCCCAAGAUGAAGCAGUACGCCGACCUGCUGUGCCUCGUGUGCGAGGGCUGCACUCUGCCAAACGCCGAAGUUUUGCAAGACGUCUCCUUGCUCUACGCCACGCUAGCCGAGAAAUGCGUGCUCUCUCCUCGGACAAUGGAAGUCAACCCAGACUACUGCAACAACCUCAAAGCCACGCUCUCCAAGGAGCGCAUCUUCCCCACCAAGCGCAACUGCUGGGUGUCGCUGGAGAGCCGGCCCCUCAUUGCCGAUGACCGCAACCUGGAGGCCCUCUUCCGGGACGAGGAGAAGGUUUGCUUCCUCAGCCUUCCCGAUGUCGGUGCCAGUCAGAGGAACAAACAACCCGACAGGUGGCACAUGCGGAUAGUCGAGGUGAACCCUGACAUGAGGGACCUCUUCCUGCGGAUCUGCGACGUGGGCCAGCUCUCCGGCUGCGUGAGGACGCGCCUCGAGACCGAGAAUUACCGCCCGUGCGCACCACUGCGGCUGCUGGUGGGGCGCCUCGUGCCGCACAUCCAGGCUUUCCUGAUGUCGCGUGGCGAUGCCUUCCGCCACGUGUACGACGAGCUGACGCUGCAGCGCAACAUCGCCGCCACGCUCAAGACGAUGAACUUCAGCCAGGUGGGAAAGCUGUACGUGCUGCACACUCUCACGCUCCCGGGCGGCCCUGACGGCUCGGACGGCUCGCUGCUCGUGCGGACGGUGGAGGCGUCGUGCCGCCUACAGGACACCGGCGACCUCUGCAUCCAGAAGGACCACGUGCAGGACAACGCCGUGCGCGAGCUCGUCGACAUUUUCAAGGAGUUGGCUCGGUUGUUCAGCUGCGAGGACAAGGAUUGUCAGCGAGAGCUCGAGAACUUCCUCCACAAACUCUCGACCACCAUGCACAACCAGUCCCCCAACAACCUAAGCAGGUUUCUGGCCGGCGAAGGCGUUGAAGAUUUGCCCGAGGACGAGCCCAGGUGGCAGGUACCAAAACCGGCCGUGGAGGAGAAUCCACCAGCGCCCAAGCGCCAGGAGCCUAAACCCAGAGAGGUGGUCGCAGCGCCCAAGGAGGAGACGGACGAGGGCCCCAGCUUGACCUGUUGGCCACCCUGCGCCAGCAUGGCCCUCAACACCAACUCGACGCCAACGUGCGCUCGCAAGACACUGAUGGAGAACAUCGAAAAAAUGUUCCCUUCGCCACAACCGGAGCAGACGCCGCAGCAGCACACGGAGCGCCACCUCACGCCGCAGGGCGGGGAGCCUGGGGGUGCCUUGCAACAGCUGCCCGGCUCCGCACCGCAGGGCUCCAACCCGGCACACGGACAGAGGUCGGGGAGCGGCCCCUCGAGCGAGGAGGGAGACGUUCACCCGCGCGGGCCCUCUGCUGCCGCCGAUGGCCAGGCACAGCAGAUGCGACCCGUGUCGUUGAGCACAGACGGCCACUCCAGUGACGAGCCCAAGGACCCAGAGGGGUCGCAUUCCACGAGCCGGGGGGCCACUCGGUCCCCGUCCGCUCUCGCCGACUCGGAAGCCGGGGCCCAGCGGCGCCCUGCAGGCUCCGCGGGCCCUCCCCAGCACCCGCCGGAGCGCGUGGACGGCGCUCCGUCUGGCUCCACAGACGGCGGUUCCUGGAGCCGCUUCGACCCCGAGCGCCGUCCGCCGCCGCUGCCGCUCGGCGUCCCCGUGUGGGAGCACGGCCACUGGCCGCUGGACAGCGGUGCCGGCGAGGAGCUGGCGCUCUCCUCCGAGAUGCUUCCCGACCAGCUGGUGCUGCCGCCGGAGCACGCCGGCGAGAGCGCUCAGGCCGUAGGACGCUGGGGGGAGCAGCUGGUGCACGCCUUUCUGCUGGCCUGGAAGGACGACCAGAACGCCUGCCCUCGGCCCACAGCCGUGGAGUGGACGAGCGAGCACGGGCAGAGCGACCUGCCGUACGACUUCGUCGUGCACAUGAGCGGCGGUGAGAAGGAGGGGCUCCUCGACGAGCACCGCGCCAACGGUGUCACCGCCAACGCGGAAGACGUCGUCUGCAAAGAUGUCGCCAGCAGCAGAGAGAGAACGAUCUACGUGGAGGUGAAGAGCUCUCUGCUGGCGGAGAAGAUGCUGUGGGAGAUUUCGCCGAAGGAGAUGGACCUGGCGCUGCGCCUGGCCGAGCGCUUCCACCUGUACCGGGUGUGCAACGCCGGCGACUCGGCAGCCGUGCGCCUGCACCGCGUCACCAACCUGGCGCAGCGCCUGCACCGCAAGCAGCUCAAGCUCUUCCUCUUCGUGUGACGUUGGCGCACGGCGCCUCUCCACUUUUAUGUUGUGCGCUGUCUGUGUGUGUAUGUGUGUACGUGCAUGUGUGUCUGGCGUGUUUUCAGGUCGUCACCGCGUGCUGUUUCGGCACGACAUCCCGACGUUUCGCUCCCACGUGCCUGGGGAGCUUCGCCACAGGAGCUUGAGUGUCGCUCCGAGUUCCCAAACACGUGCAGCGAAAUGUCGGAGGUCGUGCCGAACAACGUGCGGCGCAGCCCACAAACACGUUGGAGAGCAGCGCAGCAUAACCGCACAAACUUAUACAUUCAUAGGUGUGUGUAGGUGCUUGCUCACAGUAUACUGCCCCAACAGUCUGUACGGCCGUAUGCGGACACUUUGGCUGUUUUGUGCAGCGCUGGCCACUGCUGCUUUAUGAUCACAGAUGUCCAUCCAUAUAAUUCCAUCUUAGCCGAUGAUGCAGGCUGACAGACGGUUCGGACAGUCAACUUAAAAAAAAAUCUUAUCUUUGUUGGGAAGGCCCACACUACCACGCGCUGUAUUUAAUGUGUUUAAAUUCAACGUGUGGAAGUGCUUUAAAUUUUUUGUACGACCAAUUUUAGAAUUUUAUAUUUUUUGUGGAAGACCAAAUAUUACUACAUUUUGGAAUCGACAACUGGCAGUAACAGUAAAAAAACAUUCUAAAGGGGCAUUUCUUGUUACUUUUUGAAGUUUGUAAUCUUUUUACCAUGUUCAGGUAAAACAACCCAAUAUAUUACACUUUUAAUACAAUUGUUGCGUUGUUAAAUUUUUACACGAACAUUUGAAUGGCCAAUUAAUACUGUAUUUUAAACAAUGUUAAAAUGUUAUGAUAGAUGCUUUGUAUGGGGCAGUCUUGCUUGCCAGGUAGUAGCAUCGGUGAGUUUCUAGGAGCAGGACAGAAUGUUACAUUCCAAGCCCCUAUCUCAAGCUGAGCCGUUAGAGGUCAGUUAAAAAAAAUUCAAUUUUUACAAAGCGCAGAUUAAAACUUUUAGGGAUAGGCUCUUUUUAAAAAAAGCGGGAAUAAACUUUUCCCAUUACCAGUUGGCUCUUCUGGAAAUUAUCCAGUUCACUCCAUUGUUCAACUCUUUUUAAAAAGUUUUACGUUUUGCGACCUUUUAAAGUGAUAUUUCCAAGAGUAAAAUAGAAAUAUUACAGUGUACAUUCCCCCUUACUAAUUCCCACUGACAAAAUCCGUUACCUUUUUUCCCCAUUUUGGUGAAAAUUUUCAGUUUCUAUACCAACCAAUUUGUAAAGCAUUUAACUGUGCUAACUGAAAUUGACGUAGCCGUCCAGAGGCACACUGAAUGUUUCUAUGGCCCCUGCACGUUACAAACCACUGUUUUGCGAUGUACUUGAAUGUUAGUCUUUUGGCAGGUAAAGUGUAGGUACGCCCGCCUCUUCAAAGUCACCUGGCCAGCGUGAAAGAGCAGGCCCAGGUAUCUUGUAGAGCUCCGACUCGUGGAGGCCCUUCUGCCGGAACACCAAUUUCAGAACUGCAACUUUGCCUUUUACCUUUUUUCACUCUGGUAGCAAAAACUGAUUCCUCUCUCAGAAAUGUACAUUGGGCACACCACUCCUGCAGGAGGGCAUGCAGCUCUGUCCAGGACAAUGUGGUAGAGAUAAGAAUGGAGUUCUUGAACUCAAGAACGGAGAUAUUUAGUUGAUGGAUGCUGGUGAAUGCACUGGGAAGGUACAACACAUUCCUACAGCUGUGUGUGCUUGCUCUUGGUAACAGGACCCCCGUCGAUCGGUAUCAAGGCUGUUGUAUAUUACAGUUUGAAGAAGAGUAAGAUGCGGUUGAUUAAGACUUUUGGGCUUAGUAUCCAGAUUGCGUUGUUGGCAUCGUGACAUCACAAAAUCCCCUUUCAGAGGAUGGUAAUAGUGAGCAGUGCACAAUGUGGUGGUGUCAGGGAGGCCCCUUCAUCAGCGCUAGGUGAUGGACCUUGAUGCCUCGUAAAGAGUGUCAUGUGACAUCGGCUAAAUAAUGAAGACUUCAGAGAUUACUAUAACUAAUAUGGGAGGUGGAAACCAAGUUUAAUUGAGCGUUUUUUUGCACGGGUUUUUGUUGAUUAGGCUGAAACCAUGGACUUGGCAGUUUGACAAGAUCAUUCAAUGGGUGACUGUCCACAUUUCAACCCAGGAAAGCAGUGGUCCUGGAUUAUUGCUCUGAAAUGUACAUUUGCCUGAUCUGUUCUAUUCUAAACAAUGUUUUGUUUAUGUAUAGCGAAACACAAGACUGAUCGUUAAAUGCUGUACUUCGAGGGCUACACAUUUAAUCUGCUAAAUGGUGGUAUGCUUAAUUGUACAUGAUAAACAUUGAUUAAUAUAUAUGCUUGUGUAACAAAGGUAAUACAUUUUCAGCAUUUUUUUUACAACUUUUGUAAUCUUCAAAAAAAAUGCAUAUACCAAGUACAAGUUUGUUGAGUGGCAUUGUUAUGUUUUAGUUGUGAAAAACGUUACUUGUUUUACCCUGUUAUCGUUUCAUAUGGCAUCGUAACAAUGUAAUGGAUUAGUUUAAAACAGUUUAAACAUGGAUCCACAUCAGUUUUUUUUCUCAGAAUUUGACAUUACAAUAUUUUAACAUUUGACACUUUUUCAGAUUUUGUUUCUCUCACGUGCUUUACUAAUGUAUGUGUGUACAAUAUAGAAAAUAUUAAAUUGGGAUGCAGUAUUUUAAAAGGACGUUUAAACGAACCGUUUAAAAAAAAUUACCAAGUGACUGCUGCAAAAAGGGAUAGCUGAAGAAUUGCUGAUACCGCUGGGGAGAAAGUCGUUAAAUGUUUACGCGUCAACAACGCAGGUAAACCUUUGCUGUGUUUGUUGUUGUUGCACCGAUGGGAAACUGUUUAAUAAUAAUUCCAUUUUAGACAGUGUUACGAUGGGUUUCCUUUGUCGGGCAGGUUUCAGGGCAGGUGCAAAUCUUCAAGGAAGGAUUUAUGAUCGCUACAGGAUCUUAACAUGUUCUUAAGGAUCAUUUGUGUAACUAAAAAAAAAACCUUUUGGGUGAAAUUUCACUGAGUUUUCAAAAAACAAUGACAUUCCUCUGAAUUGUGCGAAUAAACAUUGUUUCAAUGUUUC